AUGCCGCCGACACAGACAGUUGCUUCGUCGACAAGUGACCACGUUGAAAAGCCCCUACAUAUUGCCACUGUCAGUGGCCCGUCUGCGUCUGCGUCUGCCGGUGCUGUGACCGAGCGCAAGAUCACAGGUGUUGCGUGGUUUGUUGUCAAUGUUGCCCUGCUGUCAGCGACUUUUCUGUAUGCCUUCGACAAUACCGUGACCGCAACGGUGCGGCCUGCCAUUGUCGACACAUUUGGCAAUCGCAUAGAUAUGCUACCGUGGGUUUCAGUGGCGUAUCCCAUGGGUGAAGUUAGAACCAACCCUAUCUGGGCGAAGCUCAACAAAUUCCUCGACGGCAAGCUUGUCUUUCUCGCUGCCCUGCUUAUUUUCGAAGUAGGAUCUGCGGUUAUCGGCUCAGCGUCGUCCAUUGGCGCCGUCGUCGCGGGUCGCGCUCUGGCUGGCUCCGGUGGCUCUGGCAUCUACGUCAGCACCAUUAGCAUGAUCACUGGAAUGACGACUGCCAAAGAACAAAACCAAUAUCUCAACAUUGUCGGCAUGGCGUGGAGCUUAGGAACUAUUCUUAGCCCCGUCAUAGGAUCUGCGUUUGCUGAUUCGCCUGCAACAUGGAGAUGGGCUUUUUAUAUCAACAUCUGCGUUGCCGCUGUUGCCGCCCCCGCAUGUAUCUGGAUCAUGCCUUCGGCGCCACCUAGCGUGUCUCUAGGAGCCAUGGACGUGAUCAGGGCAUUUGAACAUUUGGGUGCUGUGUUAUUUCUUGGCUCUGCUGUGUCGACAGUCAUGCUUCUGGGCUUUGGCGGCGUCGUGCACAGCUGGGAUAGCGGCCAGAUGAUUGGACUUUACGUUGCCACUGCUGUGCUAUGGAUCCUGUUUGCCCUGCAGCAGAAAUUCCACAUUUUCACGUCGGAACGCAUUUUCCCUGUGCAGUUCUUCAAGGAUCCAUUGGUGGUUGGUCUAUGGAUUUGGACAAUUGUCGGAAAUUGGAUUUCGCCGCGCUGCAAUGAUAUAAUUACGUGUCUGCUCCAAGCUGAGAAAGGUUUACAGCACACAUCACUGUUAGCAUGA